UCCCACUCCCCACCCCCAUCACUCCAUCCCCUCCACAGAGAAAACAAACGCCAACAAAGAGAACUAAACAACAGCGAUGUACCGAUUCAGCAACUCCGCCAUCGGCUACCUUAACUUCCUAACCCUCCUUUCCUCCAUCCCCAUCAUCGCCGGUGCUCUCUGGCUCGCCCGAAGCUCCUCCACCUGCGAUUCCGCCCUCGAGACCCCUCUCCUCGCCGUCGGAUUCAUCAUCCUCCUCGUCUCCCUCGCCGGCUUCAUCGGCGCCUGCUUCAACGUCGUCUGGGCUCUCUGGCUCUACCUCCUCGCCAUGUUCCUCCUCAUAGUCUCUCUCCUCUGCAUCACCGUCUUCGGGUUCGCCGUCACCGGCGGCGGCGGCGGCGGCGCCGAGAUUCCGGGGCGGAUGUACCGAGAGUAUCACCUCGGCGAUUAUUCGGCCUGGUUGCGCGGCCGGAUCGCCGAGGAGAGGUAUUGGCGAGCAGCUGCUGCGUGUGUUGUGGGGUCCAGGACUUGCGCGGACAUUGUGAGGUGGACCCCGCUUGAUUAUAUGCAACGCGACCUUACCCCCAUCCAGCUCAUUUCCCUCUUCUUCCCCACAAUCACUCUCUGCAGUCAGGGUGCUGCAAGCCUCCAACCUCAUGCCAAUACGAGGCCUCGGAGAUCCUCAUGGCAGAGCAGGAGGAGGACUGCUACCGCUGGAACAACUCCCCCAAUCUCCUUUGCUACAGCUGCGAUUCAUGCAAGGCCGGAGUUCUGGAACAAGUCCGGCGAGAUUGGCAUAAGCUCUCCCUUCUCAACCUCGUCAUCGUCGUCUUCCUCAUCGCCGUCUACGCGCUCGGCUGCUGCGCUUUCCGCAACGCUCGCCGGUCGAUCUCCGAUCAUCCCUACGGCGAUAAUCGGAUGUCUAAGAUCAGACCUCAGUGGGAUCACUACUGGGGGAGGUGGUGGCGAAAUAGAAGGGAUCAGCUUUGGUAGAUGAAGGCUUGCUGCCAUUAUUUUCUUGCUUGAAAGUUUUUUUUUUCUUAUGUAAGAUUUUGCAAAAACUUAAAACUGUUUUAUCUUUUAGUUUGGACAAUGUUUGUAUUACUUUGGUUUAUUGUUAAUCUAUAUACAUAUAUAUAUGUCAAUGAGAUCAAUAUUUUACGUGAAAAAAACCUGAAAAUGGAAGAAGCCACAAGGUCUGACAUUGUCAAACUAAUGCAUUAUGUAAUUUAAUGUAAUAUUUGUAGUUAACCGCAAAGACUGUAGUUGAUGGUUGCAAAAGCAGCAGCU